AUUAGAAAAGAUUUAAAAAAAAAAUUAAUAUUUUAAAAUAUUUGAAAAAGAGGAAUUAGUAUUUAAAAAUGUUUGAAGAAGAAGAGUUAAUAAAUACCUAAAAAUAUUUGAAAAAAAAAUUAAUAAAUAUUUGAAAAUGAAUAAUCAUGAUGAUCACAUUUCACUUACUUUUUUGCCGAAACAAAUUCGCCGGUCAUUGACAAAUUUUCAAAAAAAAGGCAUACGAUUUGGAAUUAAAAUGAAAGGCAGAGUUCUUAUUGGAGACGAGAUGGGUUUAGGUAAAACUCUACAAGCAAUUGCUAUUGCAUACUAUUUUUAUGAGAAAUGGCCUUUAUUAAUCAUUGCCCCUUCUUCACUACGGUACAAUUGGGUUAAUGAACUUGAAGAUUGGCUCCCAUUUUUACUACCUGGUGAUAUUAACAUGAUAAGAAGCUUUGCAGACUUGAGUCAGAUGUUUGUAGCUAAAGUUACAAUAAUUAGUUAUGGUUUGAUUAGCAUUUCUCACAGCCACAAGAAUGCUAAAGUUUCUGACCUUAUAGCUAAAUCAAAUUUUGGUGUUGUGAUUGUUGACGAAUCACACUUCUUAAAAAGUAUGAAAACAGUUCGUACCAAAGUUAUUUUAAAUUCCCUAAAGAGAAUUCCUCAUGUUAUACUGUUGUCUGGUACACCAUCUUUGUCUCGUCCUGAAGAACUUUAUCCGCAACUUCAUCUUUUGCAUCCAACUAAGUUUAACAAUUUUCAUGAUUUUGGUGAAAGGUUCUGCGGAGGUUAUUUUGAGACUGUUCGUGGUCGUGGAGGCCAAAUAUUCAAUUCGUUUCAAACAAGAGGAGCUUCAAACUUGGAAGAUUUGAACAGGCUACUUCGAAAUGUAAUGAUAAGAAGAUUAAAAAAUGAGGUGCUUACAGAACUUCCAUCAAAAAGAAGAUCUAAGAUUUUUUUUGAAAUUCCUGAGAGCAAUAAAUAUAAAAAGUCAAUUGAUGAACAAUUCAAACAGAUACGUAAAGUUUUGAAACAGUUGAAAAACUCAGAAGAUGGAUUUUUUUUGUCAGCAUUUGAUUAUAACCAGCCAUUUAACCAGUUGUUUUGUGAUACUGCUCUUGCUAAGGCAGGAGCUGUCCAAAAAUAUAUAUGUGACCUUAUUGACGGAAUGCCAAAUAAGUUUCUUGUUUUUUGUUUCCACAUGACAAUGGUACAAGCUAUUCAAGAAACACUUGUGCAGAAAAAAGUAAAGUAUAUUUGUAUUACAGGAUCUGUUCCACCAGUACAAAGAGGGCAUCUUGUUGAAACUUUUCAAUCUAAUAAAGAAUACAGAGUUGCAAUACUGAGUAUUCAAGCAGCUUCUACUGGUCUCACACUUACAGCUGCUGAUCAUGUUGUUUUUGCUGAGCUUCACCACACACCUGGUGUUUUACUUCAAGCUGAAGAUAGAUGCCAUAGAAUUGGUCAAAAGAAUGCUGUUCAGAUUCAUUACCUUUUAGCUCAGGGUACUAUUGAUGACAUUUUGUGGACAAUGCUUCAGAGAAAGGUAAUGGUUACUACAGCAGCUUUAAAUGGAAAGAUUUCAGAAAUAUCAAUGGAUGAAAAUGACUAUACCAAAAAAGCAUUACUUUCAAUGGUUGAUUCUUGGGAACCACUAAAUACAUUGCCUGCUGAAACUUCACAAUUGUUUGAGGAGAAACGCCAUUCAAAAGACAUCAGGGUUUUUUUAAAUAACCAUGACAACCUUGGAAAAAGUCAAAAAAGAAAAAAAAUAGUUAAUCAAAUAUCAUGUAUAGACUUAACUAGUGAUGGCGAAGAUUUUAGAAGUCCAAAAAAGAAAAAAGUUGUAGCUGUCAGUCAAUCUACACCUUUGGCUCAUUCCGUGGAAGAAAUAAAAAUAAAAGAAAAGUCGAAUUAUGAAAAUAUAGUAGCUUCAAUGUGGAAAACUCAUUUUAAAAUGGAAAGCUCUCAUACAAAAAUCAAACAGAAAAAAAAAGGUACCACUUCUGCUGAUAAAGUUAAACAGAAAAAUGCUGAGAAAGAUAUUACUUCUGCUAAUAUAGUAAAAGAGAUUAUGGACAGUUUGUUAAACUUGCUUGAAGAAAAAACAGCUUCUAUUAAAAAUGUAAUAUCUUCUGAUUCAUCAGUUGUUUCUUUUACAGAAAAGAUUUAUGAAAAACCAUCAAGUAUUUUCUCAAUACCAACUGCUGAGUCUAUUUUUCUUUUAAACACUUCCAAAAAUGUUGUAUGUGACCACAAGCAAGAGACUUUAGAUGAUCUUAAGAAAGAUGAUACAAAAUUAUCAACAGAUUUAAUAGAAAAUUGUUUAGAGUGGAGUUGUUCUGCUUGUACAUUUUUAAAUCCUGACACUUUAAAUGUAUGCAGUAUUUGCCUCAAUCAAAGGGGGAAAAAAAACACUGAAGUUAAAAACGAAUUUAAUGGAGAUAUUGAUUUAGAUUUAUGUGUUCCUGAACUUCAAUCAAAUGUUUCAUUAUCAGAAAAACAGAACAUUUCUGCUUUGAACAUUGAUUGUGUUACUCAUGAUCACACUAAUAACUUUACUUUAAAUAAAAUCAUUAACACAGAAGUUUCUACAUCUGUAAAUGGAUUCAUUAACAAAGAAAGCCGUGAAGUUCCUGAUAGCGAGUUGAUACCUGCCUUUAGUAAAGAAGUAACUAAUAAUAAAGAAAAUUGUAAAGAAAUAAUUGAGAGUACUAACUCGCUGUCUAAUUCCUUAAAAGAAGAGGUUUUUAAUACCGAAAAGUAUAAUAAAAUGAAUGAAAGCAUUGAAUUAUUUUCUGCUUCUGAAGAAGAAAAUAUUUCUGAAGUAAAUCAAGUUGGAAAGAAAGAAAAUGUUGAACCAAUAUCUACCUUUCAAGAAAAUAUUGAACUAAUGUCUACCUUGCAAGAAAAAAAUAUUUUAAAUCCAAUUUUUGAUAACAGUGAUGUUUCUAAAAAUGAAAGUUUUAUAAAAUCUUCUAUUUGCAACAAUUUUAAUUCAUUUUCUUUUUCCGGAGAAGAUUCUAUACUUGUGGAGGAAGACUUUGUGAAUACAUUGGUUGCUGAUAAUUUAUCCGAUAUAUGCAAGAAUCAUUCUCCUACAAAGAUAAUGAGUUACAUUAAUAAAGAAAUUGCAGAAGAAGUAAGCAAUGCAGAAGUUGUAGGUGAAGAUGUUCUAAAGUUUUUUGAGGAUGAUUUUAUUAUUGAAGAUCACUUAAUAACUAACAAUGAUGAAUUAAAUGAUGAUGAUAAAUCUGAUGUCUCAGAGGACGAACAUAACAACAGACACUAUAAUUUUAAAUUUCAAAUGAGUUUCUACACAAAUAAAGUAUAUUUGUAUGAUGAUGAAGAGAGGUUUAUUCAAUUAAAAUUUAAUUUUCAAAAUAUUUCAAUGGGAAUCAUUGACGAUCUUCAUCAAAUCUUACUUCUCGAUCAUCAUUUUAAUCAACUUAAAAGAUUUACUAAAGAAUGGAUAUCAUUGGGACCAAGAAAGCAGUUACUUGUUACAAAAAAAGGUGUAAUAUUUUCUAGCCCACAUGACGCAUAUGCUGCAUUAUACAACAUUAAUAAUAGCAAACUAAAAAGCUUUAAACGCUUUACUGAAAAGAAAAAUGUAAGCAAAAUUGAAAAAACUGCAGGUAAUGCUGGAGGAAAAGUAAUUGCAGUAAAACAAAUUUCAAGAGGGAUAAACAAGAAAUCUAUUGUAAAAGAAAAGAAAUCUGUUGUAAAUGAGAAGAAUCCUAUUGUAAAUAAAAAGGUUCCUAUUGCCAAAGAAAAGAAUCCCAUUGUAAAUGAAAAGAAUUCUAUUUUAAAUGAAAAGAAUCCUAUUGUAAAUGAAAAGAUUUCAGUUGUAAAUGAAAAGCAUCCUUUUGCAAAUGAAAAGAAUCUUGUUGCAAAAGAAAGUAAUAAAGUUGAUUGUGGGGUUUUGCAAGCAGUAGACAAGCAAGGUAUUGCAUUGUGUCUUUAUUGUGAGAAGCAAGUAGAACAAAUUGCAGCAGGUUCAUGGUUAGCUCGUUUUUGCUCUCACACGUGCAUGCAAGAGUUUAAGAUACGGUCUAAAAGUAAACAUGAGAAUGCCCGAGAGCAGCUUUUUGCUGUUGAACUUGGAGUCUGUCAGAUGUGCGGUACAGAUGCGCAUACUGUUUUUCUAGAAAUUUCUAAUAUGCCAAUUGCUAAUCGAAAAGCUGCUUUAGAAAAGACAUGUUUUGUAAAACUGUCUGUACCCGUCUUAAAUAAAAUGAUCAAGCACCCAAAAGAAGGACUGUUUUGGCAAGCUGACCACGUUCUUGCCGUAGCAGAAGGAGGCGGGGAAUGUGGCUUAGAAAAUUAUAGGACCUUGUGCACUCCUUGUCAUAAGGUUGUAACGAAGGAUUUAAUGAUUAGAAUCAAAAAAGUAAAACCUGCACAUAAGGAAACACGUAGCAAUGUUGGUAUCAGUUCGUACUUUAAACCUUGCAUUUAACUAAUCAGAAAUAUAAUUUAAAUUAUAAAUACGAGUUAUAAAUAUACUUUGAAA